UGCACCUUCUCACUCAAACUCAUUCUCACUCUCUCUCUCUCUGAGAGCUGGGGAAAGAGUGAGUCUAUGACUGUAGAAUUUAUGCUUCUGCCUUUAUGCACCAGCGAGAAUGAGGAGCCGGAUCAAAGAAGCUAUUGCAGACUUUUUCUUCGAGUAUGAGACCCCUCGGCAGGUGCUGGUGAGAAACCCGAAAGUGGGAAUCGCCUGCAGGAUCCUCCAGCUGGGGGUACUGGCUUACAUUAUUGGAUGGGUAUUCAUCUAUGAGAAAGGCUACCAGUCGGAAGACACAGCUAUAAGCUCAGUUUUCACCAAGAUGAAAGGACUAGCAUACACACAAAAUAAUGGAUCGGACACGAUUUGGGAUGUAGCUGAUUACGUGUUCCCUGAUCAGGGUGGCUCAUCUUUUGUCGUGAUGACGAAUUUUAUUAGGACUGUGGGUCAGUCACAGGGCAAUUGCCCAGAGCUGCAGGACGGAUCUAACAACUGCACUUCAAGUACAGAUUGCAAGAAGGGCGAAUAUAAACGUACAGGAAAUGGGCGCAUGACGGGGAUCUGCGUGAACCAAACCACUUGUGAGAUCCAAAGUUGGUGUCCUGUACAAGAUGACCGUGUGAUACCAAAUCCUCCACUUUUGGCUGCUGCUGAGAAUUUCACAUUGUUCAUCAAGAACUCAAUCUCCUUUCCUGAGUUUAAAGUCGUGAGGAGUAAUUUAGUGGAAGGCGUGGAUUCAACUUACCUCAAAACCUGUGUGUUUGAUCCAAGUAAUCAACCACUAUGUCCUAUCUUCAGACUCGGAGACAUCGUCAACCUCUCCGGCUUCAAGUUCUCAGACAUUGCUCAAGUGGGUGGCUCAAUAGGGAUCCUCAUUCGAUGGCAGUGCAAUCUGGAUCUACGUAUUGAAAAAUGUAAACCCGUGUACCAGUUUGAAGGUCUCUACGGAAACAGCUCCCAAGCGUCGGUGGGCUACAAUUUCAGAACAGCAAAAUAUUACACGGAGAGCGGAAUACAAAAGAGAACCCUCAUGAAAGUGUUUGGUCUUUACAUUGAGAUCACUGUGUACGGACAGGCAAGAAAAUUUGACAUCAUCCCAACACUGACAGCUAUAGGGUCAGGAGUGGGGAUCUUCGGCGUGGCCACCGUUGUGUGUGAUGUAAUUCUACUGAACUUUUUAUCAAAGAAGGAUUUCUAUAAGAACAUGAAAUUUAAAUCCACACCAUUGAUUAAUCAGGAAACAGAUUCGGUGGAGAUGGACCAAGAAAAGGUAAAACGCAUUAUACAAAUUGGUUGACAACAACAACAAAAAACAAGGUAAUUUCCCAUCUCAUUAUCAUCAUGGACAUUCUGCUUUUCCUUUUGCAAAGAAGCCAACGCAAGAAAAAUGAGGUCCUCGACAAGAGCGUCAGAAAAAAAAAAAAAGACACAUACUGUAUACUCAGCUCACGGCACUGGACCAGCGGGAACAGAGGUGACAUCUGCCUGAGAGAACUGCCAAUGAACUACACACCCUACCCACACACCCACACACUUCAUCAAAAUAUCACUCCUCUUGCCAGCAGCUCCAGAGACCCCAAAGUGCAAAGAAAUUGAGUGUAACAUUUACAUUAUUACUGAUUUCUUUGA